CCUGCCCCGGCGCUUUCACCAGGAAGUUAUCAUCCGGAACAUGCAGUCAGACGACGUUAUAUGGCACAUCGUUGACAAGGGUCAUUGUUCCUAUAAGGUUAAAACUACCACACAAUCUUUCUGCCGGAAUGAGUACAAUGCUUCUGGAUUAUGCAACAAGCUCUCCUGUCCAUUGGCCAAUUCACGUUAUGCGACGGUCCGGGAGAUAGAAGGGGCCAUUUACCUGUAUAGCAAGACAAUAGAGCGCGCACAUACUCCAUCUCGCAUGUGGGAGCGAGUAAAGCUCUCCAACAACUUCACCAAAGCAUUGCAGCAGAUCGACGAGGAACUGAUAUAUUGGCCUAAAUUUAUGAUUCUCAGGUGCAAACAGCGGUUGACUAGGAUUACCCAGUAUCUUAUCAAAAUGCGACGGCUCAAAUUGAGCCAGCAUUUGUAGAGUAGUUCUUACAGGGGUCAAGAAAAGGGAGGAACGCCGCGAGGCACAGCGGGAGGCCAAGGCUCUUGCAGCCGCCCACCUUGAGAAAUCCAUUGAGAAAGAACUCAUCGAGCGUCUGAGAUCCAAAGCUUAUGGUGACGCACCUCUCAAUGUAAAUGAAGACGUAUGGAGAUCCAUUUUGGACCGGACUGGGACCCAAAGCGAAGUUAAUUUGGAGGAUGAUUUAGACGCUGAGGAACUGAU